AUGUCCUCUGAGAGUGCACUGAAAACUCUCUACGAUUUCAUUAUCAUCGGGGCUGGCACCGCGGGGGCUGUCCUCGGGACGCGUCUAUCGGAGAAUCCUGAUUUCAAAGUCCUCGUGCUUGAGGCUGGCACAGACGCGCCAAACACUCCGGCGUGGAAUGUCCCGGUAUUUGCUCCGCAACCAGCGUUCGGCACAGAGGGGCUGUGGCGUUAUCAGAGCGAGCCUCAAAUCGGCCUCAACAACAGAGUAGUCCCAUUCCCACGUGGAAAAGUGGUCGGCGGGACAUCAAUGAUCAACUUCAUGUUCUAUACUCGUGGGUCGUUCGAAGAGUACGACAGAAUCGCCAAUAUCACCGGCGAUCAACGUUGGUCGUGGGAUAAUAUCCUCUCAUUCUCCCAAAAGUCCGAAACCCGCAAACUCCCCACCAGUGGUCACGACUACACCGGGGAUUAUAAUCCCGCCGUCUAUGGAGACAAAGGCCCCAUACUCAUCUCCCUUCCUAAUUACCCAACUCCUUUCGCCGACAGGGUUAAACAAGCUGCAUUCGAGCACCCGGACUUCAGCUGGAACUCCGACGCCAACUCUGGGAAACCUCUCGGUAUUGGCAGAAUGUUUGGAACCAUAGGAACAGGCGUUAGGAGUGCUUCAAGAAACUACUUCAAGGCGGUUGGGGCCCGACCGAACUUGAAUUUGUUACGGAACGCCCAAGUCACCAGAAUAUUGUUCACUGAGGGUGAAGUACCAGUUGUGACUGGCGUUGAGUUUACCAAAGGCCCAAAUGGCCCAAAGACCGUCGUUCAUGUCUCUAAAGAAGUCAUUCUUUCUGCUGGUUCCAUCAACUCUCCCCAAAUCCUUCUGCUCUCAGGCGUUGGUCCACAGUCAGAACUCGAAGCGUUGGGGAUCAAAGUGGUUAAGGACCACCCCGAAGUGGGCAAGAACUUGCAAGACCACACACUGCUUUUAAACAACUGGUAUAUAAAUGACAAUGGAACAAGAGACGAGCUCUCCCAUGAUCCUGCCUUCGCUCAACAACAAGAAAUUUUGUACGACACAAACAAAACCGGCCGUUUGUCCAACACAAUCGCUCAAUUGAUUGGGUUCUUCCGUUUGCCUUCUGAUGAUCCCAUCUGGUCGCAACCCGGCGUCGUCGAUGAUUCCCCAGGUCCAAAUUCACCAAACUUUGAAUUCAUCAUGGAUGACGGAUUCGCGAGUACACUCUAUCCCCAACCCUCGGAGGGGAAUUUCAUGACUAUGGCGACUGUCAACUUGUCUCCUAGCUCUAGGGGAAGCGUGAAACUUAGGUCAAGCAAUCCUUUCGACGCUCCCGUGAUCGAUCCUGCAAUCUUCACAAAGGAGCCCGAUCUCCACACCGCCGUGGCCGCCCUCAAGCACGCACGAGACUUCCUGACUGCGCCCGUUUUCAAAGACUAUGUUCUAGGUGAAUGGGGCCCUUUAGCUCAGGCACAGACGGAUGAAGCGAUCAUACAGUAUAUUCGCAACAAUACGGUUUCCGCUUUCCACCCUACCAGCACGCUUGUCAUUUCGGCUAAGGACAGUCCUGAGGGUGUUGUUAACCCUGACCUAACCGUGAAGGGAAUUAAGAAGCUUCGCGUCGUCGAUGCUAGUAUUUUUCCUUUCGUACCUACAGCCCACCCCCAGAUUCCAAUCUAUGCGAUUGCAGAGCUUGCCUCGGAGAUCAUUGUGGGAGAUUACAAGUAA